CCAGGAACCGCCGACAAGGGACAUCCACCGGCACCAUGAGAAUCGAGACGUGUUACUUCUGUUCGUCGCCCGUGUACCCGUCCAAGGGUAUCACUUUUGUGCGCAACGAUGCAAAGGCCUUCCGGUUCUGCAAGUCAAAAUGCCACAAGAACUUCAAGAUGAAGCGGAACCCGCGCAAGCUCGCCUGGACAAAGUCUUUCCGUCGCGCGCACGGCAAGGAGAUGACGGUCGACAGCACCCUCGCCUUCGCCCAGCGCCGCAACAUCCCCGUGCGCUACAACCGCGACCUCGUCCAGACGACGCUCAAGGCCAUGUCGCGUGUCACGGAGAUCCGCGCCCGCCGCGAGCGUGCAUUCUACAAGGCCCGCAUGCGUGGCAACAAGCAGCGCCAGCGCGAGGAGGACCGCAAGCUGGUCGAGGAGAACCAGCACCUGCUGCCACCGAGCGAGCGCUUCGCCGCCCAGCAGCUGGAGGAGAAGGAGGAGGAGGUCGACGUCGCAGCGGUCAAGGCCAAGGUUGACAAGAGGCGGAAGGAGAUCGAGAUGGACGAGAGCGAGCUGGACAGCGAUCUCGAGGAGACACUGCCCAAGCAGAAGAGCAAGAGGAAGUUGGCAAGGAAGGUCGGUGGCGGCACCGAGGCUAUGGAUGUCGAUGCGUAGUUUGGUCUGGAGAGAGACUAAAUCGAUCGAACGACAGCAUCUUACGGAGUUUGGCGUCAACGGCUUUGCGGUAGAUUACGGUCACGAUUUCGAUACCACGACAAAAGCAUCCAUCGUCC